UAAGAUUUCCACAAUCGCAAGCAUAAACUUAAAUCGAACUCUCCGUCCGGUGCGUUUCCUCUUUCCUUCUUGUCGAAAAUGGAACCCACUAAUCCCUCAAACCCUCUUUUAUCUCUCUCAACAUUCAUCCACCAGCACUGCGUCCGGCUGCGGGCCGAGUUUGCCACUCGGCUUGGCGACACCACUCGAGCCCUAGCCUCCAACCUUCCGCCGGGGCCAAAUAACAGGAAACUUCGUCCGGCGCCGCUUUUCGCCUCUGUGUCGCAGCCGAAGCACUCUACAGCUGCCGGCACUCUGAGCCCAGAACACGUGGCGAAAACCCUUGCCGGAACUUCUGUAUUCACAGUGAGCAAUACCAACAAUGAAUUCGUGCUCAUCUCCGAUCCUGAUGGAUCUAAGUCAAUUAGCCUGCUUUGCUUUCGCCAAGAAGACGCUGAAGCCUUUCUCGCUCAGGUUCGGCUCCGAAGAAGAGAAUUGCGAAGUGAGGCUAAGGUUGUGCCUAUCACUCUUGAUCAGGUGUACAUGUUGAAGGUUGAGGGAAUUGCAUUUCGGUUUUUGCCUGAUCCAGUUCAAAUAAGGAAUGCAUUAGAGCUGAAAUCUUCUGACACCAGGAGCAGCUUUGAUGGAGUUCCUGUUUUUCAGUCAGACCUUCUAGUUGUGAAGAAGAAAAACAAGCGUUACUGCCCAAUAUAUUUCUACAAGGAAGAUAUAGAAAAAGAACUGUCAAAAGUUUCAAAGGCAUCAAGGGGGCCAGGUCUUGCUCAACACAUUAGGGUGGGAAGUUUAGAGGAUGUUUUGAGGAAAAUGGAGAUGAGUGAGAAGAACUCAGGCUGGGAAGAUCUAAUUUUCAUUCCACCUGGUAAAAGCUAUUCUCGACACAUUCAAGAGGCGGUUAAUGUAUGAUGCAUUUGAUUUGUUACUCCAUCAGACCAUGUGAAAAGGAUUAAAAAGCAGUAAAUGUGUUACAUCUUCCCAGAUUCGUAAUGAAGCAGGUGUGGUCUGGAGUAGCAUUGAGAAUAAAAAAGAGAUAAAUUGUCACUUUGAAAAGGAGCGAAAUAUGAGAUUUGACUAACAUUCAAUUCAGUGAAAGAGAUCAGUAAACUAACCCUAGAUGCUUGACAUAUGCAAACUUGCUGCAAUGUCUUUGUGGUAUCAGGUGUUGACGCUCUGAAAUUAUCAAGAGAUUGUCAUAUGGUUCAGUCAAUGAAAUGGCAAUUUUUUUAAAUGUUUAUCCCUUUUCAUACUUGUAGUUUGCCUGAGGUUAUUAACAGAUAAUGUUAUAUUAUAUUGUACAUUUUGCAUAAAUGGAGUGCAUCAUUUGAUCUAGUCAA